GAGCAAAUGUUAAUUGUUUGUUGCUGUUGAGCUCACUGUUGGCUAACAGGUCACACUGUCACCACGAGUAGGAGAAAAGAAAUAAAAUAACUUUUUUUUGUUGCACAUGCAAAUAUAAUAAUUCAGUGUUUUGUGCAUGAAGCUAACGAUUCACAUUCUCCACACAUAUUUUCAUACUUGUGCGUGUGCGGGUGGCGCAAGCAGAAAGCAAUAGUGCUAAUUAGAGCAGCAGCCAAAGCGAUAAAACUGUGCAGUGUGGAAAAGUUGCUCUCGCAGAAUUCGUCGUGUCAUUAGACGUAAAAUAAAAAAAAAAAAAAAAAAAACGAAAGAAAGAAAGAAGAGUGCCGCGGCAAGUGAAACUGAAAUACGAAUUCAUUUAUUUGGCAGCAGCCGCCCGUCGCACUGUCAAAGAAGCCGCCCGCACGCAUCAAAUAAAACAUGAUCAAUUCGUGCUACAAAACUGAAUUGUCUGCGGCCAACCAUUAAAGUAACAACUUCAAUGUUUGGCGUUUGUAGUGUUCAUGUGCUGCGCAUAUCCUGAGCCACGUUCAGAAAGAGUCAACAACCCGCCGAUUGCGUCGCAAGUCGUAAGUGUUGUCAACUGCGUUGCAAGUGUAGCGCAGUCGUUCCAAUUAUGGCGCAGCAAGCGCAGCCGGUUGCUCAGCAGCAGCAGCAGCAGCAGCAACAACAACAGCAGCCGCAGCAACAACAACAACAGCAGCAGCAGCCGCAGCAACAACAACAGCAACACCCGCCACCAGCAGCGACGCCAGUGUCCACGCCCUCAACGCCGCAACCGCCUCCCAACAACAACAACAGCAUUGUUUCACCGACCAACAACAACAAUAAUAAUAACAACAACAGCACCAACGUGCUGACAUCUAUGCCCGUCUACAACCAACAGCCCCAAGCGGUGUAUAUGCCAGCCGCAGCUGCCUCUGCUCAUGGAGCACAUCAUCCGCACAUGCCGCAAGGUGGCCACGGCCCGGUGUUCCAUCAUUCGGGCAUGAUACCAGCGCCCAUGUCCAGCAAUGUCUUUGUGAACAAUGUGACGGCCAAUGUGAAUCUACAUGGCUGGUCGCAUGCCUACAUGCCGGGCAGCGGAGCACCUCCUCAUUAUGUGGGCACACACGGCGAGCUGCCGCCGGAGCCGGGCAAUCCGUUGAUGCAACACUUGCCGCCAAUGCCACUGCAUCAGGGUAAUCCGAAUGGCCACAUACCCGGCAUGGGUGGACGGGGUCGCGGGCGUGGCCGUGGACGCGGCGGUGGUGGACAACGUCGCAAUGACUACCACAAUCCGCGGCAUAUGCAGCAUCAGCAGUUGCAACUGCAACCGCCAAGUGCCAUUCAAUUGCAGCCGGAACAGAUCGGUCAGCAAUUGGCGCAUCCGCCACCGCCCGAGGCGCAACUGCAGCCAAUGUCAUACUAUGCGCCGCAUCCGUAUGCGGCAUACAGUGGCUAUCAGGCCGCCUACUUUGCGCCCCAUCACGGUCCAAUUCAAGUGCCGCCGAAUGCAGCAGCCGCUGCCCAGCAGGCUACCGGAACGCCUCUAUAUAUAUCACCGAUGCCAUUGUAUAACGGCGCACCCAUGUACAACUAUGGUGGCUAUUUCUAUCAUCAGGUGCUACCGCAGAGCGAGUAUCAGUACGUGUCUGAGGAUGGUGGCCAGGCUCAAGGUGGCGUUGUUGAUGAGCGGCAGGCGCAGGCGCUGUGGCAUCCGGCGGCGCACAUGUAUGCCGAUGAGUAUCAGGAGGUGACGCAUGCGAAUGGCGACGAACUGAAUCACAAUAGUUCCUCGUUGCCCUCCUCCGAAACGUCCAGCAUGCUGAGUCCCAACUAUCCCAUCUACGAUGCCCAACAUAUGCACGAGAUGCAACAGCAAAUGGGCGUUAUGCAGAUCUACGAUGAUGGUCAACUGGCACCGCUCCAGGGCUUGCAUCCCGUAGCCGGUCCAUUGCCACCGUAUGAGGAUGAACUGUCGGAUUGUGGCGCUGCACCCGUUGGUGCCAUACCCGUCACUUGGACACUACCUGCUGAUGCGCCGCCACUGCCAAUGCUAAUCCAGGCACCGCCACCACCACAUCAUAUCAUUCAGCCGCAACAUCCUCAGCCACCUGUUUGUCUUGAACAACAACAACAACAGCAGCAGCAACUGCCCCUCCAUCCUCCUCAAGUAGAAACACCUACACCACAGGAAGCAUUCGGUAAGUGCCGCCGCCAAUUAUUAUUAUUUUCACUGAUAGGCUGUGUUUUCUACUCGGGUCACGUUCUCGAUAGCGCCGGAUAA